AAGUGCAAUAGAUGCAUAAGAACAUAAAUACGACAAAGAAAAAAGAUAGACGAUGCUAUAGAAAUAAUGUAUCCAGCGAAUCAUAAGACGGUGUUUGUACUAGAUCAUACGCCAUAUUUUAGCAUCUCAACAGAGAGUCCUUUAGAUUUCGACUGCUUAAAAGUCAGAGGCCAACAAAAUCUUAUCCCGUUACCUCCGGUAUGCAAAUCACUAUGGACAACAAGUAUAGAAACGUCAAUGGAGUAUUGCAGAAUUGUUUGGGAUUUGUUUCCAACAGGCAAACUGGUCCGUUUUGUUGUCAGCGAUCAUUCAGCACACAUAUUAAACACAUGGAGUCCUUUACAGCAGAAUUUGGCGCAUAUAAUGAAUGGCAUGGCCAUUAUUGGAGUACCUUCUAGAAGCCAUCAACCAGGUGCUGAUUUUUCAGUGAUCCAUGGUCUGAGAGUCGCCAUAGAAGCGCUCACAGAAAGUUCGGAAAAUCAGCUGGAGAAAAAAAUGGCAGGCCCAGAAGCUGCAAGUAAAUUAUUGAAUAGGGGGAGAGUUAUUUGCAUCACCAGUGCAAGAGACAAUAUGAACAUGAAGAGUUUAGAAAAUAUAUUUCUAAAUCAAUUAACCCAACAAAAUAAGCAAACCAUUGGUUCUGAUCAUUUGGUACCGAUUCACCACUGUCACCUCGUCAUACUAAAUAUAUUCCCAAACACCAUCGAAUCGCAAGUAACAAGCCAAACUCUACGUGAGAUUUCGCCGCUCCUGUCAAUGGAAGUACACUCGAUGAAAGCACCGAUACUGCAUUCCAAGCUCUCUCACCUCAUACUCUCGCACUACGAUCUAGCGAGCACGACCGUCACUGGGAUCCCGAUGAAGGAGGAGCAGAAUGCGAGCUCAUCGGCCAACUACGAUGUCGAAAUAUUUCACUCGUCGGCCGCGCAUCUCGCCAUCCUUAAAGGCAAUCCUCAGGACUCGGCCCUCAUCAAGACCUUCCGGCGCUUCGACGAGGGUACAGAGUACGAGACCGUAACCCUUAAGUGGUGCACGCCCCGCGGCUGCAGUGCCAGCGAAAUGCAAAACUGUACGGCUAUGCACCGCAUAACACCCGUCGACGUCAACAGCCGGCCAUCCUCCUGUCUCAUCAACUUCCUCCUCAAUGGGCGCUCGGUCAUGCUCGAGAUGGCCCGUAAGAGCGGCGGUAAGGCCAUAUCCCACCUCCUGGCCUCCCACGGUGGCGAGAUUUUCAUCCACACGCUGUCAACAUCUAGGAGCGUUCUCGAGGAUCCACCGUCCAUCAGCGAGGGUUGCGGCGGCAGGGUCACCGAUUAUCGCAUCACCGAUUUUGGCAGCCUGAUGCGAGCCAACGUGCUCGCACCUUUGAAACGCAAGACGAUCGAUGAAGCCGAAGGUCCAGCCGAGAAGAUGCGGUCGCGCCUGGAGAGACACACCAAGUACUGGCCUAUAACUAUUUCCAAUACCCUAAUGUUCAAUCUAAAACAGAUGAUCGAGCCACUGGCGGAUCUCGUUCUCAAGGACGAUCUCGGCAAAGAGGAAGUACUCCAGUGCAAGCAGAUAAUCUUCGGACUGCUGCAACUGGAGGCCAAACACGAGAGCCUGCCCCUGCCAAACCUCGGUGGUGGCCGGGGCGGAAAAAGCGGCGUCAGACGCGACGAGCAUUACAAGCUGCUCUGGAGCGAGCUCGAGGCCUUCCUCAGGGGCCACUCUGCAACCUCGAUCGGCCACUCCGAGGUCCUAAGCUGUCUGCUCGAGGUGCGCAACAAGGACGAUAAGGACAAGAACAAGGUGGAACUUGAUCAGGCGCUGAGGGAGCUAGACGGGCUGAGCAACGAGGACACGACGACGCGAGCGACUGUUAUCCGCGCGACGACAGAUUCGCCGAUGUCGCCGCCGGGCUGCGUCUCGGUCAACAUCGCCAAGCAGCAUCAGGUGCAGAUGACCAGGAGUCUGCUGGACAUCUGGUGCCAUCGCAGUGCGCCCCGAGAUCGCAAGCCGGAUUUUCACGGGCGGUUGAACAGCGACGGAGCCCGAGCUAAGCUCUACCCCAACCUGAAGGAGAACCAAGGGAGGGAGAACCGCGAGCCCGUAAUCGAGGCCUGAGAUCCCCUAGCGCGAGGUAUGCCGAACUUCUGAACUUCUGGUCAUUGUCUUCGCGAGCGGAAAGUCAAGAAGGAUCGCGAAUUACCUAUGCGG